AAACCUGACAUGAUGUUAACAGUCAGAGACAACAAUACUGAAUUGGAGAUGUUACCUCCAGGAAGCAGCUCCUGCACUGAUACUUUGUCCAUAUCUAGCCGUUCAUCAAGUGACUUAGACCAAACACCAGAGCGUCCGGCCAAGAGGUCCAAAAAGUUAGAAGAUCCGGCAACUGCCGCCAAAGAGGUUGUCCUUGCUGCCUUAAACCACAAAGCCGGUGGCGAUGCCGUACUUGCUGAUUACAGAUCCAAAAACACUCUGACAAGUGAAACAAGGCGUGUUCUUGUCAACAUACUGGUUGGACACAUGGUAGAGAUGCAUGGGCGGAUUCCUACACGGAACCAAAGAGAGCAGUAUGCCCUUGGUAUUGUGAUACUUUUCCCAGCAUUGCGAGAUCCAUACUCAAAGAAAGGCUAUGAGCAUUUCUAUGAUGUUGACAGCGGAACUGGCUACCUUGCCUGGCGACUAAAGACAGUGCAGAGGAAUACAUCUCAUCGUGCUGCUAAGGGUGAUGCAGCUAGCUCUGACCUGGGUGGACCUUGCUUGAAGAGAUCCAUCAACCCUGAAGAGCACCUUGAUGAAGACGCAGUGAGAGAGGCCAUUGCCUUGCUUUGCCAUACCUCUGAAGAAGGUCAGAUCUUCUUUAAGAUGAAGGAAACGUUCCAUCACAGACAUGGACUUGUCCAUGACCCAGAUAAAACCAUGGAUAUUCUGAAAAUAUUUCCCCGGUUUUUAGACACCAAAGGACUGGUUAACCAAGACUUCAGACUCCUCUUCAAUCCUGAAACGGCUAAUAAAUUGCUGGAAAAGUGGGACACUGUAUUCAAGCCAGGAAUCAUUGAGGAAGCCAUGGGCUUGACUUUAACUCCUGCUGUGCGUUCCCUCAUCUCAUCAGCAGGAAAACAGACAAUCGGUGAAGACCAUUGCAAAUGGGACAGUAACUUGGCCACUCUGCUUUUGCUCGUUCAUCUCCUUCCACCUCAACCGGGAGGCAAGAGAGCUGCCAAAAUCAGUGCUGCUGAUGCUGCUGAUCGCCUUGUUGUGUAUCAUAAGUUUUGCAACAGCAUUGAUGAACAUGUUCAGCAAAGAGAAGGACGGCAGCCAUACCUCCUUGCUGUAGGAAGAAGCCAAGACCAGAUUGACAACUUUUAUGUAGUCCUUGACAAAAAUCUCAUCCCCUGUCAGGUGGUUGGUUCCCUUAGUGCUUUCGACGAGCUUUUCAAAGCUCACUUUGUUUUUAAUUUAACAUAUGACAAUGCACUCCUAAACUUCUACACUUUCAUUCAAACAACCAUCUACAAAAUUGAUGUAGGCAAGACAAGAGAGUCCCCAAGAGUAAAAGAGCUUCGCGCUAAACUACUGAAUGAUUAAUAUUUGUAAAGCAGCUGAGUAUGCCAUCUUGUUUUAAAUGCAAAGCAUUAUAUACAUCUAAUCAGUCACUAAUUUCACAUUUAAGGUUUGAGCAUGCCUUUUAUCCCUCUGUAAAAUUCAAGUUAAUUUGUGGACAAGAAACAUGUAUAAAACAAUUUAGCACUUAUUCUGGAUUUAGAAAACAUUUAGACACUAGUCAUCCAUCCCAGUACAUCCCUGAAAGCACUGUGAAUGAAAAUAGACAUUUAUCUUCCAAAGACAAUACAUCAGAGACACCAUGUACUUUAUGUGAUGAGUCUGUAUUAGAUACUGAGAAUCUUGAGAACAGUGGGUCUGGUUUUUCACCAGGUCAUGGGAAAAACAUGUGUGCAGAUAUUGUUGCAAAACUACAAGGAAGUGGUGCUUCCAGUAAUGUAGUAUCAUCAAUUGUUUGUGAUCUAGAGGAAUUGGUAACUGAGAUACACUCUGAGAUUCAGCACAGAGUACUCUGUGCUUUUCCUGUGAACGAUUCUUUAAAGUCAGAAGUAGAACAUAGUUUAAAUGAUUUUGAAAACCCCUUUGCUUCUUUCAAUACAGAUUCUAAAAGAAAUAGAUACUUUACUGAAAAAUGGGGAAUAGUUCAGCCUGUGGAAGUAGUUUUAGGUGUUAGGUAUGAUAGUAGAUGGAACAAAAGAACGGCCACUUAUUGUCAGGUGCCUGUAAAUGAUACAUUUAUAUACAUUCCUGUUUUAGAGAGUUUGAAAUUCAUGUUCAGAAACCCAGAGAUUUGUAAUAUGACCAAAGCAGACAUUGCAUCCAUUCCAAAUUUAUACAAAGACUUCAGGGAUGGAAGUUAUUGUAAAACCCACCCACUGUUCUCUCGAUGCUCAGAUUCUUUACAAAUACAGCUUUAUU